CAGGUGGGCGGGUCUUUGUGGGUCGGCUCUAUCAACAGUAUGGCGGACGAUGGCGACAGUACGAGUGGAGCGGUUGACACUAGUGGCGGACAGAGAACUUCAGAGGAGUCUGACGGGUUCAGUAUUAGCGGGAUUCUGUUAAAUUUAAGUAUUUUAGUUUUAGUGGUUACGAUCUGCUAUGUUAUUUAUCGGCGAUGGGGUAAACGGAUUGGUGCUGACGCGGCCCAGGCAGGCGAGGCCUCAUCUCUUCCAAAGAUGAGAAGACGUGAUUUCACUUUGGAGCAACUUGGGGAAUACGAUGGACUUCAAAACCCCCGGAUCAUGAUGGCAGUUAAUAUGAAAGUAUUCGAUGUUACCACCGGCAAAAAGUUUUAUGGUCGAGACGGUCCAUAUGGUAUCUUUGCGGGCCGGGAUGCAUCGAGGGGUCUGGCCACGUUCUGUUUGGAGAAAGACGCCCUGAGGGAGGAGUACGAUGACCUGUCAGACCUCAACGCUGUUCAGAUGGAGUCCGUCAGAGAGUGGGAGAUGCAGUUCAUGGAAAAAUAUGAUUAUGUUGGUCGGCUAUUAAAGCCCGGGGAUGAGCCUUCAGAAUACACGGAUGAAGAGGACAUCAAGGACCACCUGAAACAUGACUGAACUGUUGCCCUGUUCUGUUCACACCACCAACCAAAGCCAGGACCCAGACAGCUGCCAGCGCCCGCCUGCCCCUUCCCCGCCCUCCUCUCUCCCCCGCCUUCCCUCCCCAGCCAUUCUUCCUCCUCUGAUUGGAUGGUCCAGUGGGCAGGCUCUGGACUGACUCCUCCCCUCCACCAUACAGAUCACCACCAACAGAAACCAAUGUUGACAAACUGUUUCAGGGGGAUUUGAAGGACAUUAACUCGUCUGGGUUUUGUGCUGUUAGAAUAUCUGAAAAAGGAAAAGAAAGAAAACAUUGCUAGAAUGCUAGAAUUUUCCUUGUGAUGUCACGGUUCUCUUCAUGUAAACAGAAACAGAGUGGUUGUCAAGCUGAGAGGUUGUGAUGGUCAGAGAAGACUGGGUGGAAAGGGAGAGCUUUUAAGUUUUGUUCUUAUCCCUCCCCUCAACUGCUUUAGCAUUCGAUUUUUAACCUUAUCAAUCAAUUAAAUCGAUUGCCUGUGGGACUUAUGUUGAAGAAAAAAACAGUAGUUUAACUUUCCCCAAUUGAAAAGGCAGUGCUGUGGCCUAACCAAAGGCAACGGGAGGUGAGUUAUAUGUUCCUGUGUUGGUAGUGUGUACACUACUAGGUUCUCUCUAUCAACAUCUCCUUCUGUUUGUGGGGUUCCAUGUGAUUCUAUGUGUGUGUGUGUGUGUGGGGGGGGG